GGAAAGGCUGGACGCAAGAAAGGAUGCGGUAAAAGGGAGAAGCAACAAGAAUUGCUUACAAAAGUCUUUCCACUUUUGCUUGACAACAGCGUGAUGCCUCAGCAGAGCACGCGGAAAGGUAUUUUUAUUUGGUGCAAACUGGGUAUCCACGCGAAAAUGCAAAGAAAGACUAAAAUACUUUGUUUUUUUUCUCCUUGUGCUUGUGUCGAGCGUCACUAAAAUUGAACAAGGCAAUGCGUGACAAGUCAAUUAUGAGUACUUACUUGGUAUAUCACUAUCUCAAUCUUUCCCAAUCGUCGAUUACUCGUGCUUUAUAUCGAUGAAGAUACCUUAAAUUUGAAGUGAAAGUCCUUAAGUGUAGGAGGAAGCCGCGGUGAAGUCUUGCCUUCACAAUGAAUGCCAACAACGCAUGACCCUGUCGACAUCAGGAGUUGCAGCAAAGGUGGCUCUACCCAAAUUGCCGGCGCUCCUAGCUGUCGCUCUCUUCGAUGACGUGCCCUACUGCCGCCAACUCGCGUUAAAUGUGGCGAUGCAGCUCUUGACCUUAUGUUGCUACAGAUUUCCUUAA